CUCCAUUAACGCGGUGGUGACUGUAGUCGCCUCCUGCUCCUGCUGCAUGUCGCCGGUGGCAUGUGGCUGGGAUUAGAACAUUUCACUGUGGAUUAAAAUCUGUUGCGGGGCCUUCAGGGCCACUUGGCUGGAGGAGAGUCGGCGGCGAGCGCUUGGGGCCGAUGGUGUCACUCAGCAGCACCUCCAGGAUGCUGCAGCUGUUCCGGGGGCCCAUCCAGCCGAGCGGCCACCAGAACCGAAAGACUCGCCUUGUUACCAAGGACGGACGCUGCAACAUCGAGUUCGGCAACAUCGAGUCAGGAAACCACUUGGCCUACCUGGUAGACUUCUGGACCACCUUCGUGGAGAUCCGCUGGCGCUUCGUCCUGCUCUUGUUCGUGACUUCGUUCACAGGCAGCUGGUUCCUCUUCAGCCUGCUGUGGUACUGGAUCGCCAGGAGCAACGGCGACCUGACGGGACAGAACCGGACCGUCGGGCACGUUCAGUGUAUUGACAAUGUGAACGGCCUCACAACGGCGUUCCUCUACUCUCUGGAGACUCAGACCACUAUUGGAUACGGAGGCCGGGCUUUGACGGGUCACUGCGCCGGCACCAUCGCACUGAUCAUUGUCCAGUCUCUCAUCGGCGUCUUCAUCAACUGCUUCAUGUGCGGCGUCAUCCUUGCUAAGAUCUCUUUGCCCAAAAGACGGGCUAAGACGGUGAGCUUCAGCCACAUGGCGGUCAUCUGCCUCAAGAGAGGAAGCCUGUGCCUCCUGAUUCGAGUGGCCAACCUCCGGAAGACUCUGCUCAUCGGGAGUCAGAUCUAUGGGAAGCUUCUCCGGACCACGACGGUGGACGGUGAGACCAUCAUCCUGGACCAGGUGGACAUUGAUUUCCUGGUGGAUGCUGGCAAGGACAACUUAUUCUUUGUCUGUCCAUUGACCUUGUACCAUAUCAUCAACAAGUCCAGCCCGUUCUACGAGCUGUCCGCCGACACACUCCCCCUGCAGGACUUUGAGCUGGUGGUCUUUCUGGACGGUACGGCUGAGUCCACCAGCUCCUCCUGUCAAGUCCGGACCUCAUACAUCCCUCAGGAGAUCCAGUGGGGCUACAGUUUCCUUCCCAUCAUCGCCCGCACAAAAACAGGAAAGUAUUCAGUGGAUUUCUCCAACUUUUCCAAAAGUGUCCGGGUUACUACGCCCCACUGCGCCCUCUGCUUCGAGACGGACGUAGAGCACGGCAACCAGGUCAACAACAACAAGCCGCAGAAGCAGGGGAUAGACAACUUGGGGUUUCAGGUGAUCGACAUUCACGACAUCCACGACAUGGACAUCACCAAGAUGUGACAUACAGAGGUGAUGCUUGGUUUGGCAGGUGGCCAUGACAUUGAGGGAUCAAGCUCAGGGUGAACCUUUCAGGUGACCAUGCAGGUUCUCCAAAAGAUCGACUCCUAGAUCUUGAAUUUUAGCUGAGCAGAUCUUUUAAAGUGACAGCUCUGAUGAUUCAGGAUUUUAUUGAAAAUAACUUGAUCAUUGAGCUUUAAAUGUGUUUUCACCAUAGUAUUAACCACCACUAUUAUCUCCACUGUUAUUUGCUCUUAACUCAAACUAAAGUUGAAACUCAAGUAGCUUAAAAGCUAACAUUGCUAACACAGCGACCAGUUUUCAUGAAAUGAUUGACGCACCUCAAACCGACCUGUUACACAGUAACAAAAGUGGUCCAGGAUCAGGUAACUGGACCGAUA